AUUGCAAGCCGCCCUACACAGAGCCACCAUGUCCGACGCUGCUGCUCCAGCGGACAACAACGGGGAGCCUGGAUUAAACGGGUCCUGGGUAGAGCUGGAGAUGAACAGAAAUGCUGCGUCUCUCUCUUCCUCCAGCGCUUCAGUGCCACCGCCUCUCGCGCAGGUUGUAGAGGAGGAUGAUGGGAUGGUAGGGGGGUUGGAGCACGUUCCCUCCUCUUCAUCCAUUCACAAUGGCGACAUGGAGAAAAUCCUGCUAGAUGCCCAGCACGAGUCCAGCCGAAGUAACUCCUCAUGUGACAGUCCUCCUCGACCUCACAGUCCUCAGGAUGAAGGGCAGAUCAUUUUUGACGUGGACACGAGGAGAGACAGUCAGGAGGAGGUCAUGGAGAAGAUCAGAGAUGAUGACAUCUUAAUGAAGGAUUCAGACCGCAUGGCAGACUGGUCGAGUAGACCAGAGAAUAUUCCUCCUAAGGAGUUUCAUUUCCGGCACCCACGGCGUUCAGUGACUCUUAGCAUGAGGAAGACUGGAGCCAUGAAGAAAGGAGGCAUCUUCUCUGCUGAGUUUCUCAAAGUGUUUAUCCCAUCGCUGCUUCUGUCCCACAUCCUGGUCCUGGGUCUCGGGGUCUAUAUCGGGAAAAGACUGACAACUCCCCCUGCUAGCUCCAUUUGAGCAGUGAUCAGAUCAAGUGCCUCAGGCAAGGCCCGGCUGGAUCAGGAGGAAAGUUGCAGUUUGUAUGAAGAAGCCCCUGCUGCCCCUUUCUUCCCCAUUUUACACUACCUAUCUUUUCUUCUAUUUUAAUAUUUCCUUUAUUCAUUCUUUUCAUGUUGAGAAGCAUUCGUGAUAAACUUCUCUUCAUUCCCCUUUUAUCUUCUUCUUUUUAUCAUGUCCUGAAUCCCUUUUUAUUUGUGAGUGAUCUAAUAUUCCCUCUUUAAUAGUUAUUUUUUUAAGUAUAUGGGGCUUUUGUGUGAAACCAAAUUUGCACAUGCUAGUUCUGCACUAGCAGUGAUGUCUAUUUAAAAUCCAGUCAAAUGACCUUCAAAUGGGCCGCUCACAUAAUGAUAUCCCUAGUUUUCACGCCCAUUAUGGGAUCGACCAAAUUAUUGACUUAUUGAAGUUACACUGAGCAUGCCUGAGUGCUAUAUAAGAUUUUAUUUAUUACUACAAAUGCUAUCCAUUUAGAUUUCUUUUUAUUUACUUCAAUGAUGGAAAGCCUGAAGGUUGAACUCUGCAGUGUUUUGAAAAGGAUAGGGUUUUCUGUAGACAUCAUAUUCAUCUGGUGAAGAUGGUUGAUCAGUAGCUCCGUUUAGAACUUACAAUUUUUAUACCAAAUUUUGCAGAAUCUUUUCUGACAGAGAUGGCACCUGUUACAUUGAAACGUCGGAUACAUAUUUUCAUUUUGUAAUAUUUCAUCUCAUAAGCAGAGGUAAAAACUGGUUUGGAUGGGGCUGACGGAUACCUGUAUGAAAAAAAAGUUAUUUUAUUUGUCAGUGUUUAUUUGUUUGUUGUCAUUUUUGUUGUCUUGUGUUUUCCACCAUACAUAUCAGGACCUGGUGGUUCAUAACUAGGCUUUAACAACACAGCCUACUUUGCAAUACCACACAAUUUAACAUUGACUAUCGUAUACAAAGCCAACUCGAAAAAUAGCUUCAGUUUUUAGUCAUGCUGUCAAACUUUCUGAAAAUUUGAUCAUCACUUUCACUCUGGUCUAGCAUUUCCAUGCUGAUGAAAAUGGCACAAGAGAAACCUUUCUUCAGUUUAUUGGAUUGGAUUGUUUAGUGUGUUUUAUUGUUGUUUACUGAAGUUCGUGUCGUUUUAAACUUGUACGUUGUGUUCUUUUUCUGUGAAAAGAUUAAGGAGAAGAUUUGAACAAUGUGCAUGCUGCUCUUUUUCUGUACAAUCAAGAGAAAGGAGCAUGGAUUUCUUCACGUUUCCUUUUUCUACUUCAAAAAUGAUGGCAGGGUUGUUAUUCUCGUGUGCACUAUUUACCUCGCACACAUGCCGAGUCACACAUUUAUCCAACACUAACACUCCAGCUCCUGUCAUCCUGGACAUGAACAUCUGGGAACAUUGUUUUCAGUCCUGAAGCGAAAUUUCCUCAAGUCAAGUUGUGUCUCUUUUUAAGUGUGUUUUGGAUCUCCUUUGGUCUCCAUUGUUCAUCUUGAGGAUCUCCUCAAACACAGCUGCCAAAAACCGACUGAGAGCUCAACUCUUAUGAACUCUGUGCCUCGUUUCCUUAAUCACGUUUGAUACAGCGUCCUGUCAUCAUGUGCGUUUCCUGUGCCACAAGCUUUUCUUUUUGUUGUUUUGGAGCAGCAUGACUUUUGGAAGGUUUCUCAUAUGCUUUGAUGUUUUUUUUUUUUUUUUUUUUUUAAUUCUUAAACAACCAAGGCAAACAAGAAGAGAAUGUACAGGAUAGUUAAAGGGGUUUUAGUUUGUUUAUAUCGGCAUUCAGAAUGUGGAUGUCAAGAAGUGGGUUUUUGAUCCUCUACAGAGAUACUUUCUUCAGACUGCCAUGCAAUGUCUAAAAUGAAUUGUAUUAAAUUUAAUGAUUUUGCAGACCCUUUUUCCUCCCCUGUUGGACAAUGACAAGUUUUCAAAUUAAAUUUUAAACAGAACAA